CCCUCACCCAGUCCAAUAUAUUCUCUAGACUGGGUAGAUAAAUUUAGAAUUCCAUGUGAAGAUUUUCCAGAAGACUUGAUCCAGUGUCUUCAGAGAGAGAAAAGACCAAAGCCUCGAUUGCGGAGGGAGAUGAUCCGCAUCAUUGUGAAGGAGAUGAUGAAAGCUUGUGCCUCUCCAACUAGAAGAGCCUCGACUGAAAUUGCAAAAAAACUGGUUGUGAUGUAUCCCAAGUCACUGCAGGAUGUCAUCGCGGGGGAUGUGGUAGGACAGGGGUACCACUCUUUGGUAAAACAGAUUCAGGCACGAAUUGAAAAUGUGAAGAGGUCUACUUCACCAGUGUUACAGAAGCGCAAACUGGGAGGAUCAGAUGACACCGAUGAAGUCACCCCUGAAAAGCGAGCAUCUGUUCAAGACACAUAUGGCUGCAUAAAGUGGGACAUGAAGUUUUUGCCAGUCACUGAGACACUGGAAACCCAGAAGGAGAAGAUGGAACGUAUGAAGAUUCUCAGUGAACAGACAAGCUUCAGUCAUGAAGAAGUAAAAACUCUAAUGAAAUGCACUUACUACUCUCAGCGCAAAGCAAUAAAUAGCGGAGCAGACAUGCAAACCAUCAUAGAAGAGUGGCCUUUUUUGUUUCAGGCGAUUGGAAUGACAGUCCACUUUGAAGAACUUACUGGGGUACCGCUGAAAGAGACUUUUCUCACCAGUCUGGAAAAGAAGGGAAAACGGCUUCUGGACUUUCUGAAAAACACUUGUGCAGACAAGAGCAAGCGUGUCUUGGAGGCUGUCAUAAAGCUUCGAAUGCAGAGGGGACAGCUGAAGGGCUGCUCAGAAGACGUGAAAGAUAUGAUGCUCCUCCUUCUCUCCUAUUUCGAUGAAAAAGAGGAGACCCUCUUCCACUAUGUUGAUGAAACAUGUCUGGCAAAAGAAGUCCAUGUGGAAAGCCUGCCUGUGACACCAUGUAUCAUUGUUUGUGGAUCCUCCUGCUUUGCAUCGAGACUGUUCAUGCUCAGCAUUGACCACAAAGUCGUGAAUGACCAAAUAACUGACUUCAUCUCUGCAAUCUGUCUGAUGCUUGGUAGCUACUACUGCCUGAACAUCCACUAUCCACUGGAACUUGGCUCCACACUUGAAUUCCUUCAGAGGUUUAAGGGUGGUGACACAGCUAAGACCCGAGAGUCUCUUUCAAGGUUAGUAAAGUAAACAGAUUCUAGAAGAUAUUUUACACAUUUCUCUGUUGUCUCUAAAUCUUAUUUUGUCUUUAUUAUGAUUAAAAAGGUUUGUUUUGUUCCUGCCCUUUUCAGACACUGAAUUUGAGCAGAAACCAUAAGGAUACUCAAAGGACCUGUGACUCUCAGGAAAUGCAUCAAAUGAGAGUGACAGGUGAAACAGUUUCAAGACAAUGGCAGGAAAAGCAUGCUGAAGAUUGAAUCAAACCUUGGCUGGAAAUAUUUGAAGGGAUCUAGCCAGUCCUCAAUGAAAGCUUCGUUGCCCCCCUGUGAGUCUUCUGGCAGAAAUGAUGGCGCCUGUAUUCUUUGGUUUCCCUAAACAUCACACCCUGUUUAUACGAGGCUCUUCAAUUAAGUCUGCACCCAAAGAUUCAAUAAGAGAGGGGAUCCUGCCAGUCCAAAGUGAACUCCUGAUGGACAUUGAAGUACUCCUGCAGAGCUUGUAUCUUCGACACCAUGCGCAUUAGAAACUCCACUGAGUGCUUUCCUUCACCAAGGCAGGACCCAGUGACUCAUUACUGUUGAUCGGUCAGGGGCAGGUCAUUUUUUGUUUCAUGUUUAUUCAUUCCUCCAUGGAUUACCAGCCAUAUAUAUGGACACAUGCUGUAUUCUCAAGAUCUAUGCUGUUUGGUAGGAAUAGAGAAAAUUAUAUGUUUAGUCUGUUUUCAAAUGGUAUGUCAAAAUUUCUCAUUGUUUAUCAGUAAUAUUCACUACCUUGGUUAUAUAUGGGCAUCUUUAGAUUUUUCUAUAUUUAGCGGUUGCAAAUGUAAAAUGUACGGUAAACUAUUUAUGUUCCUCAUAUUGUACUGUAUUUUUAGCGGUAAAAUACCGGCAGCUGUGGUUGCCAGGAAUUUACCGUAAAAUGUAUCUGGUCAAAAUAAAAUGCUGUAAUUUGUUA